CGGGGAAGGGGGAGCCGGGGCAGGAGCGGGGGAGGCGGGGGGCGGAGCGGGGGAGGCGGGUCCGGGGCAGGGCCGGGGGGAGGACGCCCCCCGCACACGUGUGCGGGGCCGCCCCGCUGCCGCCCGGCCGGGCUAUAUAAAGGGCGGCGGCGGCCGGAGCAUCGCCGCGCUGCCGCCCGCCACCCCCGAGUGCCCCACCAUGAGCUACACCAUGGAGCCCCUGGGCAACCCCUCGUACCGCCGGGUGACCGAGACCCGGGCCACCUACAGCCGGGCCAGCGCCUCCCCGUCCAGCGGCUUCCGCUCGCAGUCGUGGUCGCGGGGCUCGGGCAGCACCGUCUCCUCCUCCUACAAGCGCCCCAACCUGGGGGGGCCGCGGGCCGCCUACGGCUCCACGGUGCUGAGCUCGGCCGAGAGCCUGGACGUGAGCCAGUCCUCGCUGCUGAACGGGGCGGCCGAGCUGAAGCUGAGCCGCUCCAACGAGAAGGAGCAGCUGCAGGGGCUGAACGACCGCUUCGCCGGGUACAUCGAGAAGGUGCAUUACCUGGAGCAGCAGAACAAGGAGAUCGAGGCGGAGCUGGCGGCUCUGCGGCAGAAACACGCCGGGCGGGCGCAGCUGGGCGAUGCCUACGAGCAGGAGCUGCGGGAGCUGCGGGGGGCCCUGGAGCAGGUGAGCCACGAGAAGGCGCAGAUCCAGCUGGAUUCCGAGCACAUCGAGGAGGACAUCCAGCGCCUGCGGGAGCGCUUCGAGGAUGAGGCGCGGCUGCGCGACGAGACGGAGGCCACCAUCCGCGCCCUGCGCAAGGAGAUGGAGGAGGCCUCGCUGAUGCGGGCGGAGCUGGACAAGAAGGUGCAGUCGCUGCAGGACGAGGUGGCUUUCCUGCGGGGCAACCACGAGGAGGAGGUGGCCGAGCUGCUGGCGCAGCUCCAGGCGUCCCACGCCACCGUGGAGAGGAAGGACUACCUGAAGACCGACCUGACCACGGCGCUGAAGGAGAUCCGCGCCCAGCUGGAGUGCCAGUCCGACCACAACAUGCACCAGGCCGAGGAGUGGUUCAAGUGCCGCUACGCCAAGCUGACGGAGGCGGCCGAGCAGAACAAGGAGGCCAUCCGCUCCGCCAAGGAGGAGAUCGCCGAGUACCGCCGGCAGCUCCAGUCCAAGAGCAUCGAGCUGGAGUCGGUGCGCGGCACCAAGGAGUCGCUGGAGCGGCAGCUCAGCGACAUCGAGGAGCGCCACAACAACGACCUCACCACCUACCAGGACACGAUUCAUCAGCUGGAGAACGAGCUUAGAGGAACAAAGUGGGAAAUGGCACGUCACUUGAGGGAAUACCAGGACCUCCUCAAUGUCAAGAUGGCCCUGGAUAUUGAAAUUGCUGCAUACAGGAAGCUACUGGAGGGUGAAGAGACAAGAUUCAGUGCCUUCUCUGGAAGCAUUACUGGACCCAUAUUCACACACAGACAACCCACUGUCACAAUAGCAUCCACUAAAAUUCAGAAAACAAAAAUUGAACCACCAAAGCUGAAGGUCCAGCACAAGUUUGUAGAAGAAAUCAUUGAAGAGACAAAAGUAGAGGAUGAGAAGUCUGAAAUGGAAGAUGCCCUAGCCGCUAUUGCAGAAGAAAUGGCAGCCAAGGCCCAGCAAGAAGAACAGGAGGAAGAAAAGGCAGAAGAAGCUGCAGAGGAAGAAGCUGUUGCCGAGAAGGCUGCUGCAGAACAAGCAGCUGCACCUGAGGAAGAAGAGAAGGAGGAAGAAGAAGCAGAGGAGGAAGAAGAAGCUGCAAAAUCUGAUGCAGCGGAAGAAGGAGGAUCUGAAAAAGAAGAAAUAGAGGAAAAGGAAGAAGGGGAGGAGGCUGAGGAAGAGGGAGAAGAAGCCGAGGCCAAGGGCAAAGCUGAAGAGGUAACAGCAAAGGUAGAAAAGGUCAAAACGCCUCCCUCAAAGUCCCCUCCUAAAUCCCCCCCUAAAUCCCCUGUAGCAGAGCCGGCCAAGGCUGUCCAGAAAGAAACAGCUGCAGAAGCAGGAAAGGAACAGAAGGUGGAGAAAGGUGGUGAGAAACCAGCCAAGGGGGAAGAGAAAGCAGCAUCUCCGGAGAAGCCAGCAACACCAAAGGUAACCUCUCCAGACAAGGCAGCAACCCCGGAGAAGCCUGUGACACCAGAGAAGCCGGCAACCCCGGAGAAAGCCGCAACGCCGGAGAAGCCCCGCACCCCAGAAAAGCCAGUGACCCCAGAAAAGCCCCGCUCUCCAGAGAAGCCGGCAACUCCGGAGAAGCCCCGUUCUCCAGAGAAGCCAGCCUCCCCGGUCAAAGAUGAAAAGGCUGUGGUGGAAGAGACCAUCACUGUCACAAAGGUAACAAAAAUUAGCGCAGAGGUAGAGAAGGAGGCCAGGAAAGAAGACAUCGCAGUGAACGGUGAGGUGGAGGAGAAGAAGGAAGAGGAGGAAUCCAAAGAGAAGGAAGUUGAGGAGGAAGACAAGGGAGUUGUCACCAAUGGCCUAGAUGUGAGCCCAAGUGAUGACAAGGGUGAGAAAAUUGUAGUUACCAAAAAAGCAGAGAAAAUCACUGGUGAAGGUGGGGACAGUACAACCACAUAUAUCACAAAGUCAGUGACAGUCACCCAGAAGGUAGAGGAACAUGAAGAAAGCUUUGAGGAGAAACUAGUGUCCACUAAGAAAGUGGAGAAAGUUACUUCACAUGCCGUAGUAAAAGAGGUUAAAGAGACCGAAUAAAAUAAAUCAUAGCUAAAUUAAAAAAAUUAAAGAGCUUGGGUUGGUGCAAAAGGUUAAGCCAUAUGACAGCUGCAAAAUGCAUGUGAGUGACGGCUUCAAAGCAGAACGGGUUCUCUCAUGGAGGCUCCAGACACACAGUAUUUUACUUUUUUGUGCAAUAUAGGGGAGGGGGGGAAUGCAUGCAGGCUCAAGAUGUACUCCCUCCACAGAGCUUUGGGAUCUAAAAAAAAAAAAAAAAUUAUACUAAUAAUAGUGCAUGAGAUGAAAUGUGCAAAGGAAGCUUUUGAAUUUCCUGAGCUGUUGGAGGGACAUAUCUGAGGAACGACUUAAGAUGUAUUAUGCAAAGAACCAACUGAGCCAAAACCAAACAGAAAACAGUAAUAGAAUAUUCAUGAGAACCAGAACUCUCCUAGCCUUAAAAAAAAAGCUACUUAUAAAUAAUUAUGUUUACCUCACUGGUGCAAUUAGGGUGGACUUUUGCUCAUGGGAGAACCUAGUUGACAUGCACAGUAUGCAACCUUUUGUUGUUUGAUGUAAAAGUCACAGCAGUUCUUGCUCAAUAAAGGUCAAUAUUGAAAACAU